ACAGCUUAGAGUUGACAGCUAAGACAGUCAUUGACAUCUGAUCUACUGCGCCUUCAACUUCAAACCCUCACUCUGAAGCUUCUUCAUUUCCUUUCAAUUUUCCCUUCUCAAUCUUUCUUCUCAAUUUGGUUCAGCAAGGUGGGCUGUUUCAUUCCCUUGAUCCCUAAUACUAACCCCCAUUUCCCCAAAUCAACCUUAAACCCUCUUCAAAUCUACUUCCAUUUCCAUUUCCCCUGUUUUUUCGUUUUUUUUUUUUUUACUUCUUCCGCUAUGCCGGGUUUGGUCUCCGUCAAAACCCCCCCGGACGCCCCUCCCCUUCGGAUCUCCGUCCCCGAUACACCCCCAGCCACCAAUCACCGACCCCCAUCUCCUCUAACCAAGAAACAACCCUCUCCUUCUCCUUCUCGAUCCAAGCCCUCCCCAAAUGGGAAGAAGAAGCUUCAACCGGAGAGUCCGACGGCGGCCCAAUUUCCGCCUGAUUCUUCUCUCGACAACCCCGAUCUUGGGCCUUUUCUUCUCAAGCUAGCUCGUGACACCAUUGCCUCCGGGGACGGCCCGAACAAAGCCCUAGAUUACGCGAUCCGAGCAUCCAAGUCGUUUGAGCGAUGUGCCGUGGAUGGCGAACCGAGCUUGGACUUGGCCAUGAGUCUCCAUGUUUUAGCAGCCAUUUAUUGCAGCUUGGGCCGGUUCGAGGAGGCGGUACCGGUUCUUGAACAGGCGAUUCGAGUCCCUGACAUUGGAAGAGGGCCGGAUCAUGCUCUUGCUGCUUUUUCUGGCCAUAUGCAACUGGGUGAUACGUAUUCUAUGCUGGGUCAGAUCGAGCGCUCCAUUGGUUGCUAUGAAGAGGGUUUGAAGAUUCAGAUCGAGGCCUUGGGAGAGACGGAUCCCAGAGUUGGGGAGACUUGCAGGUAUUUAUCUGAGGCGCACGUUCAAGCAAUGCAGUUUGAUAGAGCAGAACAAUUGUGCAAGAAAACUCUUGAGAUUCACCAUGCACAUAGUGAGCCUGCGUCACUUGAAGAAGCAGCUGACCGUCGGUUGAUGGCACUCAUUUGUGAGGCAAAAGGUGAUUAUGAAUCGGCGCUUGAGCACCUUGUCCUGGCUAGUAUGGCAAUGAUUGCCAAUGGGCAAGACAGUGAGGUUGCUGCCAUUGAUGUCAGCAUUGGAAAUAUUUAUAUGUCUCUAUGUCGCUUCGACGAGGCAGUUUUCUCGUACCAAAAGGCACUCACUGUAUUCAAAGCAUCUAAGGGUGACAACCAUCCUUUGGUCGCCUCUGUUUUCAUACGCCUUGCCGACUUGUAUCACCGGACUGGAAAGCUCCGGGAGUCCAAGUCUUAUUGUGAAAAUGCAAUGAGGAUAUACUCUAAGCCUGUGCCUGGAACUUCACCUGAAGAAAUAGCUGGUGGGUUGACAGAAAUUUCAGCAAUUUACGAGUCUGUUGACGAGCCCGAGGAGGCAUUGAAGCUCUUGCAGAAGGCAAUGAAGAUGUUGGAGGAUAAACCUGGACAGCAAAGCACGAUUGCUGGGAUAGAAGCACGGAUGGGAGUGAUGUUUUACAUGGUUGGAAGGUAUGAAGACGCAAGGAAUGCUUUCGAGAGUGCAAUAUCGAAACUCAGAGCCACCGGGGAGAGAAAAUCUGCAUUCUUUGGUGUUGUGUUGAAUCAAAUGGGUUUGGCCUGUGUGCAGUUGUUUAAGAUAGACGAAGCUGCUGAGUUGUUUGAAGAAGCAAGAGGAAUUUUGGAGCAAGAGUGUGGCAAUUGUCAUCAAGAUACCAUUGGAGUAUAUAGCAACCUUGCUGCAACCUAUGAUGCUAUGGGAAGAGUCGACGAUGCUAUUGAAAUAUUGGAAUCUGUUCUUAAGUUGAGAGAAGAGAAGCUUGGAAUUGCAAAUCCGGAUUUCGAGGAUGAAAAGAGGAGACUGGCUGAGCUACUGAAGGAAGCAGGCCGAACCCGAAACCGCAAAGCAAAGUCUCUGGAAAACCUCAUUGACCCGAACUCGAGGAAGACAAAGAAAGAGGCAACAAAGAAGUGGUCGGGCUUGGGAUUUAGAAUUUGAAUGGAAAAAUCUCCUUGAAUAUCAAAUCUGCAUUACUGAUCCAACAUGCACAUUCUGUAACAUAUAAGAUCAUGUAUAGAGUUGAUUUAAUUUUUUCUUUUCCAAUUGGAGCAAGCCCUUUUCUCUUUAUCAACUGAACUCAUUUAUUGUUUUCCCUCCCUUUGUGCUGUUAAUUGUUUCAUUGAAUGUCUGUGCUGUAAGGCUGUUAAUGGAGAAAGAAAACAUUUGAUCUUGAUUGAAUAAGAUUGUGGAAGAAUGUUUUCUCA